AUGAAACUUUGUUGCAACUUUGUCCUUAUUUUGUUGCAAACAAACUUAACUUUAACCAAAGCUUAUGGCCAAAAAUAUGACUACAUCGGCUGCUUUCAAUGGGUUCGAUCACCUUUAUUCGAAAUUCAUGAUGAUGUCGAAGAUUGUGCUGCCAAUUGCAAGUUUACGAAUCCAUUUAAUAACAUGAUCGGCUUGAAGAACGGCCGCGAAUGUCACUGCGUAAGCGGGGUCAGUUCGGCAGUGGCUUCCUGGCGGUGCAACAUGUUUUGUAAGAACUUCUCAUGCGGUGGGGUUGAGUUUUAUUCUGUUUAUAAAAUUCAACCACGUCAGGAACACGAUAUAUAUUAUUGCCAUGUGUAUCCGGAUAAGUCAGAGACCGCCAUAUAUUCACGAAAUUUUGACAAUCUGGAUAGCCUUGAAAUGUGUGCACAUUUCUGUUUGGAAAUGAACAUGACAUUCUUUAGGAAGACAAUAUUUCAUAAUAAAUGCGACUGUUUCCAGGAGGUCAAUUAUGGACUUUUUUUUCGCUCAGGCGAUGAAAGCUUCCGCGCUGAAUUAUGCUCCAAAAGUGAAGCAGAAAUUUGUGAAUAUUAUUUUGAAUCUCUUAGAGAUCUGCCGACCAUAUUUUCAACGCGUUUAUUUUACGAAUUCCAGAGAGGAGUAUCAACUUUCUCUCACUGCAAAUCCAUAAACUAUGAAAUAGAAGAAAGGUGUCCAGAAGGUUGUAGUGAAGGCUGGAAGGGAGAUUCGUGCAGAGAAAGAGAUUGUACGAGGAACAAUGGUGACUGUGGUGACGAGAUGAAAUGUAUUGAGUCCACGGUCAAUGGUAAUAAGUACGUUGAAUGCGUCUGCCCAUUGGGCACCGUAAGAAACAAGUGGGACUUGUGCGAGGUGUUUAGGGAGAACGUGGCUCUAAGUCAAGCAGAUUUUUUGAAUUGUUUAGUUUACACUUGCUUCAUCUGCGACCCAAAUAACGGAUUAUAUAACGGUUACUUUAUGCAUAAUAGCAGCAAUCAAAAUACAAUAAGCGUUGUUUUCCACAGUCUUUAUUCCAUUGGAUAUAUUAGAAUUUACGGGAGGCUAUGUGAAAAUGAAAUUGAUUGCAGUCAACUAGAUAAGUUUGUGGUUAAACUCGGUCCAUCAGACGAUGCAAGAAAUCUUCCAGAAACAUGCGGCUAUGGACCUGACAAAGCCAUACAAGCUGGUAAUCCCAUGAAUGUUAUCUGUAAAGAUUUUACAUAUCGUUCAAGACUUGUUGUUUUGCUGCAGUCAGAGGAAAAGAUUGGGACAGUAAAUCCUAUAAUAGCAGAGUUGGAAGCUUAUGAAGUUAGUUGCGGUGUCUUGAACGGAAGAUGUGAACAAAGGUGCACUGAAUCGAAAGAUGGAGACGCACACGUUGUCAGCUGCAGUAGUUGGACUGAUGAACAAGCUGUAACAAACUCAUUUUACGGAUGUUAUUUGAAAGUGUCAGGUGACCUUCACUACAAUAGAGCUGGUUUGUCGUACAUGCAAUGUAAAGAUGCCUGCACUUUAAUGUCAAAGAGUUUAGCAGUGAUGCAAGCAGGUUUCAAAUGUUAUUGCGGCAGUAGUUUGAACAUAGCUGGUAACAUCCCAGUGGAAGAUUGCAAGAAAGGCCAUUACAGAUCCAACCUUAUAUUUGAUGACUGUGACAUGCAAGAUUAUUUUUGCAAUAAAGUCAAUGGAACUUUAAACAUCAUUACAACAACUUCCAAAGCUACCAAACAUGACAUUUAUGAUACAAAUUCUACUGAGACUUUAGAAACCAUCGUCAUCAUCAAUCCUUCCGACGAACUCACAGACAUCACAUCAUUGCAAACGCAGCUUUACGAUUCUUACAACAAAUAUUUGGUCAUCGCGUCAGGUGUGACCCCCAUCACCUUCCUCUUCAUGCUAGCUCUUUUAGUUAGAGAACUGAAGUUUAAACGUGUGAUACCAAGAAGAACAAGCGAAACCUCAGGCAGAAGCGCAACGAUUUCAAGCAGCAAAGAAGGUAGAUCAUCAAGAAAUAGUUUGAGUGUGAAUAGUACUGAAGCAAUAUAA